CCCGAUUCAGUACUGAGGAGUGAUGGCAAACUCAAUGUGGAAGUGGCAAUUUUGUUUCUGAAAAUAAUAGCUCAUGCUCAUUUUCAUAGCAGUAGUUUCACCAUAAUUGUUCCCUGACUAGUCGGAGCAACACUGUAGCAAAGUGCAGGUUAGUUAACUGGUUGGUUUACAAGGGGAUGGCUCAGGAAAUGAGAAUUCUCUAACUUUAGGCCAUCACUGAAUAGCUGGCAGGCUACUCGAGUGUUCUGAUGAGCCAGGGAGACUUUUGCCGUGAGGUGAAUGAGAAAUGGCUGCGAGACAGUGGGGAGAGACGUCCGGGGAAGAAUUCCCAGAUGAGGACUUUUGAUGCUGAUGGAUUUCGUCGACGAGCUGGUUGCAUUAUAUUUCGGAAUAAUGAAGAAAAAGAGAUUCUUCUGGUGUCGUCGUCUAGCCGCCAGCAUAUGUUCAUAGUCCCAGCUGGCGGUGUAGACCCUGGCGAAACUCUUAGCGAAUGCGCUGUUCGGGAAGCUCUGGAGGAG